CAAAAACCGAAGUCAAACAACGUCACUUUAAGAUUUAUCUGCUUUCAAACCUUAUUAUCACCUAGUUAUUUAAUCCCAAAGUUACGAACCAAAGCUCUGGCUGAACAUUUGUUUAUUGUAACAUUGAAUGAUAAAAUUAGUUAAAAUGAACCGAAAUUCUGCGUCGUCAUAUGCUGUGUAAUAAAACGCUUUUAAAAUGAGACAUGAUGUUAUUGGUGUGUUGAGAAAUCCAUUGUUUGCGUAUUACAAUAUAUUUGACCCUGAAAAUAUAGCACAGUUUGCGGCUAUUGCUCCAGCUCCAUCCAAAGAUUUUUACCAUCUAUUAAUAACAUCAACUAAAUUCAAAUUGAGAUGGUGGAAGAUUACAUCAAGGAAUGAUGGGGCAAAGUUUCAUCCAGGUGAAAGUAUAGCGAAUUAUGAGGAAUUUGAACAAGACGAUCGUAUGCAUAAUGAAAUACUCAGAGUUAUGGGCCAUAAGACACUGGACUACUGUCUGAACAUAUGUGCUGGGAAGCUGGAUUAUUUAGUCAGAAUACCGAACGAAAUUUUAGUAAAAAUAAUUUUUUAUCUAAAUCUGGAAGAUGUGAUUAAUUUAGGGACUACAUCAAGACACUUGAAUGAGAUAUGUAAUAGUGAUUCAUUAUGGCGUGAAGUCUAUGUUAACACAACAUUAAGUCAGCCAAGUAGACCUGUUGAAGAGUUAGCAAAACUAUUCGGAUGGAAAAAGCUUCUAUUCACAAGCAAAUUACACCUUCAGAUGCAGUUACGUCGUUUAACCUUGGAAGAAAGUGACGGCAAUGAAAACAUACGAACGAAUGUUUCUCAUGAUCCUGGAUUGUAUUUAGAUGAAUUGAAAUAUGAUGAGCAUAAACCUGUGCACGACAACAUUCACUGAAUAGAAAACUGUAUGUUAGUUGAAAAAAUAUAUGUAAUAUAAACACAAACAUCUGGUUAAAUUGCUUCAUAUAUAAAUACAGUUCAAAAGAAGACUAUUAUUAAAAGUAUUUUGCUAGCAAGCACUUGUUUAUUAGUAUUCAGUAUGCUGUCAUAGUUACGCGAUAUUUGAAAAAAACUGAAAAUAAUUUAUAACACUAGGAGGGAAGUAUAGUGGUAGAGAUUGGGCAUGUAAUAAUGUAUACAUUUUGUCCAAAAAGUUGUAGAAAGUAACAGUUGACAGAACCAACCUUGUAUCUCUAAUACUUCUUAAAGAUGGUGUUAACA